CACACGAAAAUUACUCGUCUUGAAUUCUCAGUCUCAUGUGCACUAUCCUAGAACCGGAAUCUUGCAUCAGCCAUCAAACCCCAUUCCAUUAAGAACACUACCUUACUCUCCCUCCCUCCUUUAUCAUUCCCCUGCUCACAAUCUCAUAAGUCAAAACACGAAAAAUGUCUCCUUUUUCCCGGUAGAGUUCUGACCCCCUUUUAACGUUGGAGAUGACGUUCUUGCCUCUUCAGGUUCAGUGGGUGAUGGGUUUGCUUUUCUGGGUCCUUCUGCUUUUGUGUUGGGAAGCAAGUUGUGAUGGCUCUGGCUUAUCUGUGAGACUCACUGAGUUUCCUAAUGCAGCUUCGCAUAGCAAUGCGACUGCAUUUUCUUUCGAACCUUUGGUGAAUGGCAAUGUUGGAGCUUGCUCAGACUGUAGCUUCAGUUGCAAGCUGGAUGGUGGAGCCUUCUCGGAUUGUCGAGGCAGGAAAGUUUCAUUUGGUGGCUUACUAGAUGGAAGUCAUUCAUUUGAGGUUUGCGCAAAUGGAUCCCAAGGAAUUGGCUGUGCUUCCUAUAACUGGACAAUUGAUACAAUUCCGCCAACAGCAUACAUAACAUCUCCAGCAUCUUUGACGAGUGCCCUUAAUGUCUCUGUGACUAUAUUAUUUAGUGAGCCAUGUAUUGGUGGAGGAGGUUUUGGAUGCUCUUCUGUGGAUGCCUGCAACCUACUGGUCUAUGGUGCUGGCCAAGUCAUUCCAUCUACACUCAACAUUUUGCGGCCAAACCUCGAAUACUCACUUUUAGUAAGUUUGAAUUCUACUGUUCAGUAUGGACGAGUGAUCUUGGUUAUGGAUAAGAACUUCUGCACCGACAAUGCUGGAAAUGCAUUCACGAGGACGACUAAUUCAAGCUUUUACGUGCAUUUUGACAGAAGGAAUGUGUCCAUUGACUUGAGGACUCGCAUUCCAGAAAAGAUGCUUCAAGUCAAUAAUCAAAUCAGAACGGUGCAAGCUACAAAUAAGCAGAACAACUUAAGGGUGUACCUCUAUUUUUCGGAACCAGUCAUGAAUUCAUCAGCAGAAAUCCUAGAAUCACUCAACACAAGUCAGGGCACCCUUCUCCCGACCAAUGGAAAAACACUCGGAAAUCGGAAAUUUGGUUUCAUGGUGGGCAAUACAUCUGCCGUUGCUAUAAUCACCAUAAGCCUCGAGUCUGAGUCAAUAAUUACCAGACAAGGGACUGCCGUUUCUCCUAUUGAACCGGUUACUUUCCUCUUUGACUCUCAGAGACCAGCUGUCAGCUUGAGCACAACCUCUACUUCUAGGACAAGAGAGCACAAUAUCCCUAUAUCAAUAAAGUUUGCUAAACCAGUAUUUGGCUUCAAUUCAUCUAAUAUAGCAAUAUUAGGAGGUCAUUUGCAGAGCUUUUAUGAAAUGAGCAGAAGCAAAUACUCCAUUGAGAUUAAAGCAGAAGAUGAUGUAGUAUCUGUGAGUGUUCCUGAAAAUGCAACUGGGGAUGUUGCUGGAAACAAGAACUUACCUUCCAAUAUUCUUCAAGUGAGACAUUAUUCCAUGCCCAUAGUGUCUUCUGUUGCUUCUGUCACUGCAACCGCUGCUUUUUGUAUCACAUCUUUGGCUGCGGGACUGCUCUCUGUUUCGACAGCAAACCUUCUUGCUAUUGGUGCUUUCCCAAGGACAUCUGCCACUUUGAUAUCCAGUCCUUCAAGGAAUCUUUUUAGAAUCGCAUGUUACAUCCAGGUAUUUGCGCUAUCUAGAUGGUUGGCAGUUACAUUGCCAGUCGAGUAUUAUGAACUUGCAAGGGACCUGCAGUGGAGCAUUCCUUACUUUAGUCUCCCGUGGGAAGCCGGGCACGUCCAGCCAGUCAUGGUGGGCUCAAGUCCUCCUGUGAAUUCAACAUCCUACUUUAGCGAAGUUCUUGAUUUGGAAACAGUCGGAACACCUAAAGAAGAGAAGUUGAAAGGAGCUGCUGCAGUUUAUGGAUUGCCACUUUCUCCGGUGGAGUACAAAUCCUUUUUCGAGAUGGAAAAUAGUAAACCAGAAGCUGAAUACAUUUUGGAUCCUCAACAUAUGAGUGGGUGGUGGGAUUUCAGUAGAAAUAUGUUCUGGCUGGCAGUAAUCGGCGGCAGUUUGAUAUUACUGCAUGCUUUGCUACUAUUGAUUCUUAAGUUCAAGAAAAAAACAACUGAAAAGCAAGACAGUGACGGAGCACUCAUAUUCCCAAGAUUGGAGAUGUUUCUUUUGAUUCUUGCUCUACCUUGUACGUGUCAGGCCUCUUCUGCUCUGAUCCAAGGUGGAACUCCAGCAGGGGUUGUGGUUGGCAUUCUGCUGUUGGGUUUUGUGUCUUUCGAACUUCUAUCCUUGUUCCUAUUCCUCUCAGUUGGUAUUACAUCUGGGAAACUGCUUCAAUACAAGGAAGUCCAUAAAGUAGGCCGACGUUUUCACUGGUAUCAAGAGCUUAUUAGAGUGACCCUGGGUCCAGGUAAAAGAGGCCAAUGGACGUGGAAAAAACAGUCUAACUCCAUUUACCUAACAAAAUUUGGCCCGCUGUUUGAGGACCUGAGAGGUCCCCCAGAGUACAUGCUCUCGCAGAUAUCUGGAGGCCACCCGAGGAAAGGUGACCGCAUAAUUGCACCAGAAGAUGAAACGGAAGAUGCCGAAGCGCCCUUCAUACAAAAGAUAUUUGGAAUCCUCAGGAUAUUCUACACAUUGCUCGAAUGUAUCAAAAGGGUCACUCUGGGAAUCUUGGCCGGCACUUAUAUGAACAACUGGUCUUCUAGAACCCCGACGAUCACUCUAUUGUGUCUGACUUCUUUCCAGCUCUUCUUCCUUGUGCUGAAGAAGCCUUUCAUAAAGAAGAAAGUUCAACUGGUCGAGAUCAUAUCGGUUUCAACUGAAGUAGGCAUAUUCGCAUCAUGCGCAGUUCUCUUGAGGAAGGAAUUCUCGGAGCAGGACGAAACUUGUGUGGGAAUUUUCAUGGUUGCACUGUUUUUGAUUGGAUUUGUGGCUCAAAUGGUCAAUGAGUGGUAUGCACUGUAUAAACAAACCAAGCGGCUUGACCCUGAUGAUAAAUCCUUCUUGUCGGGUUUGAAGGUAGCUUUACUUGGAGUCCUAAUUAUUUGUGUCCCUCGGAAAUUUAGUCAAGGCCUGGAAAGCAAGUUCCCUAACACUGGACCAGGUGGCAGAGAAACUGGAGACACAGGAUCAUCUGCUGAUAGGAAUAGGAGCUCCGGAAGCCGGAGUUCAGGUACGACAGAUAAACCAUGGCUAAGGCAACUGAGGGAGUUGGCCAAGGCAAGCUUUAGCAGAGAAGGAAGUAGUGCUGUGCCAACCGACCCGUCGAGCAGUCGUCCAAAGUGGAGCGGCUUCUGGGGGACCAAAAAGAGCGGGGGCACGUCCGCGAGUUCGUCUGCAGACUUCAACUCAAAGCCAACAGAGUUGCAAAAAGAGUUGGAAGCCAUUUUCGCAUACAAGGAGGUAACAAAUGAUGAAAAAACUCGACACUUGAAAUGAUCAUGAUCAGUUCAUUUAUCCUCCAGAAGUUGCUUGGAGCUGAAGCUAUCUGCUCCACAGUAAAUCUUGUGGGACCUUCAAGUUGGUGGAUUAGGGGGGUGGGGCUAUAAUCCCUUUUUGGGUAUUCAUAGGAAAAAAAAAUCAUGAAAUUUUUGUGAUUAAUUAGGGAUUAAACAUUUGAGCCUGUUUUUAUUGCAGUAAUGUGUAAAGUGAUUGAGGCCUAUGCAGCCUCUAACUUACUCAG